AUGACUUCUCUCAAAGCAUUUUUGGAUCAACAAUUCAAGAUCAAGGAUUUGGGGACUGUGUAUUAUUUCCUAGGUCUUAAAGUGUCUCACCUGCCUCAUGGUCUACUUGUCAAUCAACACAAAUACCUUAAAGAGCUUCUAUCAGAAUUUCAUUGUUCUUCUGCUUCACCUGUGAUGACACCCUUUGAAUUGUCUAUUAAGCUCACCUCCACUUCUGGGGAUGUUUUGGUUGAUCCUUCUCCAUACAGAAGGCUCAUAGGCAAGCUAAUUAUUUUGCAGUAUACUAGGCCUGACAUAUCCUUCUCAGUUCAGCACCUCAGUCAGUUCCUUAAUGCUCCCAGAACUGCUCACAUGCAUGCUGCUCUUCAUGUCCUUAGAUACUUGGUCAAAGACCCUGCCAGAGGCAUUCUUUUUAACAGAAAUAAGAAUUUCUCACUUCAGGCAUUCUCAGAUUCUAGGCUGAGUACAGGGCUUUUGCGGAAGACUAUGGCUGAAGCUUGGCUAGUGAGACUUUUUGUCUGA